AUGGGUUGGAGAGAUUUAGAACAUUUGGGAAACGGGGAUUGUGAUAAAGACAAAGAUAAAAACGCCGAGUCGGAGGAGAACGUGAAGACAAAAAAUGGGGAGGUUGAGAACACGAUAAAUGGGGAUGUUGAGAAGAAGGUACAGAAGGAAGAUGAAAGAAAAACGAAUGACAACAAUGCCGGUGAGAGUGAGGCUAAGAACGACACAGCGAAAAUUGAGAAACCAGCAGUUAAAUCCGACAAAGAAAGCGAAGCAUACCUCUCUACUUCAACAACGACUGCGACUCGAGAAAAAGGCAAGAUGGCACAUCCGAGACAAAAGAAAUAA